AUCAUCGGGGGCGGCGCGGGGAGGGGUGGCGUAGACGGAGAAAGUGAAGGGUGAGGCACGGCCCUGCAGAUUUUCCAGCGGAUACCCCGGUGGCCUCAUGUCGCGCAGUGGAACGGAUCCUCAGCAACGCCAGCAGGCGUCAGAGGCGGACGCCGCAGCAGCAACCUUCCGGGCAAACGACCAUCAGCAUAUCCGCUACAACCCGCUGCAGGAUGAGUGGGUACUGGUGUCAGCUCACCGCAUGAAGCGGCCCUGGCAGGGUCAAGUGGAGCCCCAGCUUCUGAAGACAGUGCCCCGCCAUGACCCCCUCAACCCUCUGUGUCCUGGGGCCAUCCGAGCCAAUGGAGAGGUGAAUCCCCAGUACGAUAGCACCUUCCUGUUUGACAACGACUUCCCAGCUCUGCAGCCUGAUGCCCCCAGUCCAGGGUUGGAGACUCAGCAUUGGGGUUCGGCCCUGCCCGUAGCACAGCCCAGCCCUACCUCUCGGUUAUCUUUUCUCCCGUCACCACCCAGUAAGGUCAUGUGCUUCCACCCCUGGUCGGAUGUAACGCUGCCACUCAUGUCGGUCCCUGAGAUCCGGGCUGUUGUUGAUGCAUGGGCCUCAGUCACAGAGGAGCUGGGUGCCCAGUACCCUUGGGUGCAGAUCUUUGAAAACAAAGGUGCCAUGAUGGGCUGUUCCAACCCCCACCCCCACUGCCAGGUAUGGGCCAGCAGUUUCCUGCCAGAUAUUGCCCAGCGUGAGGAGCGAUCUCAGCAGGCCUAUAAGAGUCAGCAUGGAGAGCCCCUGCUAAUGGAGUACAGCCACCAGGAGCUACUCAGGAAGGAACGUCUGGUCCUAACCAGUGAGCACUGGUUAGUACUGGUCCCCUUCUGGGCAACAUGGCCCUACCAGACACUGCUGCUGCCCCGUCGGCAUGUGCGGCGGCUACCUGAGCUGACCCCUGCUGAGCGUGAUGAUCUAGCCUCCAUCAUGAAGAAGCUCUUGACCAAGUAUGACAACCUCUUUGAGACGUCCUUUCCCUACUCCAUGGGCUGGCAUGGGGCUCCCACAGGAUCAGAGGCUGGGGCCAACUGGGACCACUGGCAGCUGCACGCUCAUUACUACCCUCCGCUCCUGCGCUCUGCCACUGUCCGGAAAUUCAUGGUUGGCUACGAAAUGCUUGCUCAGGCUCAGAGGGACCUCACCCCUGAGCAGGCUGCAGAGAGACUAAGGGCACUUCCUGAGGUUCAUUACCGCCUGGGGCAGAAGGACAGGGAGACAGCAACCAUCGCCUGACCACACCGACCACAGGGCCUUGAAUCCUUUUUUUUUUUUCAACAGUCUUGCUGAAUUAAGCAGAAAGGGCCUUGAAUCUUGGCCUGGAAUUUGGGCAGAUAUAGCAUUAAUAAAACUGUGCAUCUCAAA